AUGGCUGCCCAAGUGCCUCGUUAUCAAUACAGCCCAGUUGACUCUGUUGGUGGUGAGAUUCGUUUGCUGACGAUACGCCCAGGCUCUCCGAACGCCCCGUUAGACUUGCGCCUUGACACUCGACGCCGACUUACUACCCAAUCUGCUGCCCCAGGAUCUCCCCCUCCCCCUCCGAGUUACGAGGCGCUCUCGUACACUUGGGGUGACCAGGAAAGCCUGGUGGACAUUCCAAUCGGGAGCCCAAAGCAAUUCCUUUCUGUCACUCGCAACCUUGCCAUCGUCCUCCCAUUCCUGAGGCUGCCAGAUCGAGACAGGGUCAUCUGGAUCGAUGCAGUAUGCAUCAACCAGUCUGAUCUCCAGGAAAGGGGCCUUCAGGUUCAGCUAAUGGCCGACAUCUUCCAGCGAGCGGUUCGAGUCGUCUGUUGGGUAGGACUCGAGAGCACAACCAGCGAGCCAGCACUCCAGAUGAUUCGCGACAUAUCCCGGAGGGUUGAGGUGGACAUGGCAAGACAGCGAAUCUGGCCCAUUGGCGAGGAGAACAAGGACUGGGCAGACAUGUCGAAUCCCCUGCCAUACGACGUGCAGGCCGCCCAUGCCUUAUCCGAAUUCUUCAGCCGCGCCUGGUUCGAGCGACUCUGGGUUUUUCAGGAGAUCCGCCUGGCAGCCAAUGGAGCUCUCUUACAAUGCGGCUCGGCCACUCUGGAGUGGCCAAGGGUCAUGAAGGCUGUCUGGUGUUUUCACAAUAAGCCGUGGAGAAGUCCUAUUUCCGCCGCAUUUCAGCAGCGCCUUGAGAUGGUGCGCCAGCUGUUCAACUCGAACCCGACGAACCUCGCACUCCUGAUCCGGCGCACGGUCUACUUCAAGUGUACGGAUCCGAGAGACAGGCUGUACGCAUUGAUGAGCUUACGCCGGCAAGAUGAGCGGCGGCUACACAUUGCAGUGGACUAUACCAAGUCUCCUGGCAAAGUUUACCAGAGCUACGUGCACGAGUAUGUCAGCGUCCUGAAAAGCCUGCGACUCCUAUCCUUUUGCGAAAUCCAAAGCCAAAGCUUCCACCCGGAUACGCCGACGUGGGUGCCGGAUUGGUCUCGCCCGCAACACGCAAAUGCGCCCAGGGCGCAGCAGUAUGCCGCGGGCUACAUGCCUGCCAACAUCACUGGUAUCACGGAAGAUGAGCUUAGGGUAACCGGGGUGCAUGUGACGACAGUACAAAAGGCGACGGUUAUGGAUAUCAAAACUGACAGUGAUGAUGCCGCCACUGUCGAGCUUAUACGCCGUUGUGCCCCGCCAGGGGUGCUUGAACAACACCCAUAUCCUGGAGACGGGUCGAUAUCUAUGCUGGAAGCCUAUUGCUGCACGAUGUGCCAUGACACAUUUCGCAACCGGAUCUCUCCAGAACGCGUACUGUUUCCUUCAUUCUCAGAGAGCCUUUGCACGGUUGACGCCUUCCUCAGAGAAUCAUCACCGGCCACAGUGCAACUCGGAUCUUCAGCCAGUCACUAUUGCAGACUGGUCAGAGACAUCUGUGCUGGACGUUCCUUCGUCCUCACAACAGACGGCCGCAUGGGGCUUGCACCCGCCACGGCUCAGCCCGGAGACCAAAUAGCUGUCAUUCUCGGCUGUAGGAGCCUCAUGCUCCUGCGGCCAAGACUGACCAAGCGGCAGCACCAGGUUGUUGGCCUGGCUUAUGUGCACGGUAUGAAUAACACCGAGCCACUGUUUGGGCCACUUCCCCGCCACUAUCGCCCGGUCUUGCUAUGUGAAAAUGGCCACUUCACAGAACAGUUAUUCUUGGAUACUCGUAGCAACAAGCUUGACAACCACGAUCCAAGACUCGCUGACUUUGAUGAAGCUGAGAUGACCCCUGCCUUGUACUUUGGUGGCAAGGCACCAAGUAUAGCGGCUCUUAAAGCCCGGGGUCGGGAUCUGCGAACGCUCGUGUUAGUCUAA